AUGCCCGAUUCAUUAGCAGUUCUGGUUCAACAACAACGUGAACAUUUAUCACAAUUACAAAAUCAACUCUUAACAAGCCCACAGAACAAUAUUUCGGUUGAUUUCUACAAAGAAUUGAUGGUUACAUAUUUAUAUUUGUCAAAAGUAACCGAAGCGAAGUUUCUUUGGGAAAGUCUUUCACCACAAAUGAAAGCGAAAUUGAAAAGGUCAAGAUCAAUAUCAAGUUCAUCGAAUACGGAGAACAAUAACAAACGUAGAGUAGCGAGAUGA